CCCCACCCCGGUCAAUCACUUCUCAUCCACCGCAUCAUCAUCUCCUUCAAUCUACUACGAUCUACACGCACCACGCCAGAUCGACGUCGACCAACGCGCUAUUGUCAACUGCGCGACGCGAUCACUCCCCUCCACUCACGCCCCCACACGUCCCACCCCAUCCCACGCACACUACCUAGGGGUCAGUGUCUCGUCGUCCUCGUGCUGCCACUGCAGGCACCGCAUAUCAUCGACACUGGCCAGACCAGCCAGUCUCGACUACAUAGGACGCACUCCUCCUGUGCUCCCUGCUCUACUCGACCGAUUCACAUCUCGGCGUGUUACACUCACACACUCGGCCCGUUGCGACCACCACCACAACCACAACAUCGCUCGUUGGCAUCCAGCACGUAUAGAACGCACAGCGCGCACAGCAGCAGCACACUCCUCCCCGCGCCAUGUCGUGCGCCUCUGGCCUCCCCGGCGUCCUGCUCAUCCUGGCCGCGUGUGUCGUCCUCGCGCUUGUAUCCUUCAACACCCCGCUCCUCAAGACAUUCUACUUUCUCGAGGCCAACUUUGCCAACGGCGACUAUGCGGGCAGCCUCAGGCUCGGCACGCUGGGCUACUGCCUCACCCAGAGCGGGUCAGAGAACUGUGUCGGCCCUCAGGUCGGCUACAACUUUGACCUAAACACUAUUCUCAACGUCAAGCUGUUCAACAUCCCCAGUGUCAUCUCAAAGGCACUGACAUACACGCUCAUCCUCCACCCGAUCGCCCUGGCUUUCGCGGUCAUCUCGCUGAUUUGCGGCCUGCUUGACCUCAUCCCUGGCUUCAGCGUGCUGUGCUUCCCGACGUGUUUCGCCGGCAUCGCGGGAGGCAUCACGCUCAUUGCCUUCAUUUUCGACCUGGCCAUUUUCUUCAUCGCCAAGUCGAGAAUUCAGAGCGUCAGCGGCGCGUCAGCCAACGUUGGCGCCGCCGUGUGGAUGACGCUCGCCGGAUGGCUGCUGUGCGGUUUCGCAGGCUGUGCUUGGGGCAUGGCCGGCUGCUGCUGCUGCGGAGGCGGUGGACGCAGGGACAACAACAACGGCCGCCGUCGCCGUGACAAGGAGAUGGACGACUACAACCGUGACACGGACAUGAGACUCCAGGCCCUCCGUGACGACCAGCGCCGCCAGAAGGAGCAGGACCUGCCCAACUUCCAGCCGUACGAGCGCGUGCCCCAGAAGGAGGACCACGAGGACAAGUAUCUGUACGACGACUCUCCCGCGUCAUCCCAGCCCAGGCCGCUUCGCCGCGACGGUUCGGUGCUCCAGGGCGUGGGUGUUGGGUACGGUCGCAAGCAAGGCACCCCGCAGAACGGUUACGGCGGUGGCCCCAACGACUACGGUUACGGACAGCAGGGCCUCGCGCCGCAGCGCCAGCCUUCGACCGGUAGCAGCUAUAUGACUGCCGGCGCGGCUGGUGUUGGUGCUGGCGGCGGCGGUGUCGACCAGCCUCACCGCGGUGGACACGACUACAACCAGAACCAGGGCUACGAAGAGUUCAACGACAACUACAACUACAACCAGGGCCAAGGCCAAGGCCACGGUGAUUACUACAACGACCCCUACGGCCAGCAGCAGCAGCCGCAGCAACACUACAACCAGCAGGGCUACAACGACCCGUACGGCAACCAGCAGGGAUACGCACCGCAGGCCGCCGCGCCUCAGGGCGGGCACGACUACUACGCGGGCGGAGCCGCUGUUGCCAGCCGAGCUCCCGCAUCGGCCGAUUCGCAUGGGUACCACGACCCGGGACCAGUGGUCAACCCCGCUGACCCGUACCACCACGCGUACGAGGACGACGGACUGGGCGGUAUCGGACGUGCGGCAACAAGUCCCGCGCAGGAGCGCGAGUACACUGGUCACCAAGGCUUUGGGUACACUACUGCGCAGCAGCAGGGGCAGCCGGCGUCGCCGAUCCAGGUGCCGACACCACAGCACCUGGUUAACCCUCAGCAGUCGAGCCUGUUGAACCGCCAGCACUCGGUGUCGUCAGAGUACAGCCAGGGCCAGGAGCACAUCACGUCGCCGACCGGAUACGGAACGUACGUCGGCGCCGCGUACCCGCCCGUUCCGCCGCCGGUGCAGAUGCCGACGGCGCACGAGGUGGACGAGGUGGACGAGGCGCCCAGACCGCCGAGCUACGGCCAGGUUGCCGGCGCGUCGACGUACCAGCCACCACCAGAGAAGAGCAGCUCGGCUGUGAGGCAGUAGGGGGGUGAUACAGGAAACACGGGGCAUAGAUGCGUGUAACGCGUAAUGUUCACGGAGACGACGACCGUCACGAGGGGUGGAGUUUGUACUGUACUGCGAUUAUGCUAGCGGAUGCACGACUGCAAGGAGA